GAUUUCCCAUUCCCAAACCUGAGCUGAUCACCCGGCUAGAACGAGGGGAAGAGCCGUGGGUGCCCGAUCUCCAGGUCUGCGAGGAAAGAGAGAUCCCGAGAGGCACCCACACAGCUCAUCAUGAGAGAGUGAGUGAGAAUGAAGAGGAGAAUCAUGAUGCAGAAGUUCCUGGGUUGGAAUUGGCAACUCCCUCACUGGUUCCUCUGAAGAAGAACCUCAACGCUGUAGUGGUGUCUGAAAAAUACAACCUGAAGCCGAUGCCAAUGAAGAGACAGAGCACGUCCGCCCCCUCUGGAGACAACCCACCAGUAGAGAAGAAAUACAAACCUCUGAACACCACCCCCAACAGCACCAAGGAAAUCAAAGUCAAGAUCAUCCCAGUGCAACCAAUGGAGGGCUUGGGCUUCCUGGAUGCAUUUAACUCUGCCCCCAUCCCGGGGAUCAAGAUCAAAAAGAAAAAGAAAGUCUUGUCUCCUACGGCAGCCAAGGCGAGCCCCUUUGAAGGGAAGCCAGCCCCAGAAGCGAGCGCUGCUAAACCAUCCUCACCAGAACCCGCUACUGCAUCCGAGCCGAUAGAGGUGGAUCGGCCCGGUACCCCUGUGCCGGCAGUAGAGGUCCCAGAGCUGAUGGAGACCGCCUCGUCCGAGCAGAACUCAGACGCCAAGCCGUCCGAGAGCGUCGCUGACUCCACGCGGCUCACCAAGAAGGGCAAGAAGAAGACAGUGAGCUGGCCUGAAGAGAGCAAGCUGCGGGAGUACUUCUACUUCGAGCUGGAUGAUACUGAGCGAGUCAACCUGAACAAGAUCAAGGACUUUGGCGAGGCAGCCAAGCAGGAGAUGCUGAAGGACCGGCAAGCCUUCGAGACGGCGCGCCGGCUCAGCCACAGUGCCAUGGAAAAUAAGGUGCCCUGGGUUUACCCCAACCUCAUCGACCUGCCUAGCUCCCUGGAGCAGCCGGGCAGCGGCAGCCACGAGAAGUUCACCCAGGCCAAGAGGGAGAAGGGAAUCCUGCCGGAGAUCUUCCUCUUCAAGGAGAG